AUGGAAACGCUAGAGAAUGGGGCUGACCCAAUGUUAUCAGCGGCUCUGGGAGCCAAUUCUGGCAACGUUCAUUUGUGUCGUGAAUACGAUGAGCAGCUGAGCAUCUACGAUGGAUAUGUUCAGUUAACCCCACUACAUCCAUUACCAUCCCAGAACAACGGCAAAUACGCCUCGACUGUCUCACCGACGGCCCCAGACGCUUCGAGAUCUCUUCAGACUGCCACUCCAAUGCCCUAUGAAAGCCAUGAAGAGCAUUUUCUGGACCCACAGCAUCGAACACAUCAUCAACAGAAUGUGAUAGAGCAUUCACAACGAUACAACAACCUCCCCUAUACGAUCAAAUAUGAAUAUGACACGGGGAAGCCGAUCGGAAUGGAUGAUCUCACCAAUCUACAGCAAACUCAUUGUGGGAGGGAAGUAAAUGUAAGUUAAUGAUGCAAGAGAUUGGCAUCCUUCUUUGGAAAUGUUUACUGUACAAUUGCAGCAGUAUUCAUAUGAUUUCAACACAUCAGUUCCCAACGAUAUCCAUCAGAACAUGUCAUACCAAGAUAACUUUUAUCCCACGGAACAAUCGCGGCAGAACAUCGCGAUUAAAAGCGAACCCAUGUAUGAUCCCAUGUAUUCGUCGUAUUCCCAAUCAGAGUCCAUGAUCGAGAACAAAACGGUCCAUAUUCCGGUAAGUUUUGCAAUUAUGUCAUCAAAAAUGCAUUUAUAUUUACCAAAAAUUGUGAUUCCUGGGUUAGCCCGAUCUCCGCUUGUCUGGAGCCCAUCCUUUCCCUCGCUUUACUAAUCUCGGCCCCAAAUUAGCUCCGAGAACUUUAGCGGCCGGGGCUUUAUUUUCCUUCGCCGAGCGCCAAACAGCCUCUAUAUCGGGCAUUUAAGGAGCCAAAGAGCCCCGACGCUUCUUCUUAGACCUCAUUUGUCUAAGUUAACGUAAACUUUUGCCUAAUACCGCGCGUCUCAAUCAUUUCUCCUCGGGCUACUAAAAUGUGGCGGCCCCGAAACGCGCGGCCAGCACCCCUCAGGGGCCAAAAGGGGGCGGUGGAAUCUCGGCCAGAAGUUGACAUUUUUAUGGAAGACAUUAUUUUUGCAACAUUAGAAAUUGAAGACGAAACUUUGAGGUUUGAAGGCGAGCCCGAAAUAUUCCGCAUAGUUUGUUGUGAAAACUAGAGCUUUUACGAAAAGGAGAUCAUUCCAAUCGCCUCUUCUCAUCUCCUAAAUUGUACAUAUCAACCUUACGGGCCGAAAAAACAUCUCCAGAUCCCGCCGAAGAUAAAUCGUCGAGUAUUGCAGCGGGCUCUUGCAAAACACAUUUACAACGAAGGCUUUAAACACCCCUCCAAUCAUAUAUCAUCCUGUCAUGCAUGUCGGGGGUUUAUGAGGAGCUGGCCCUUGUUUCGUCAUUUUCUUGGCUCGGGAUGUUUCUUUCAUUCCCAUUUUUGGGAUUUAUAUGGAAGACAAGGAGCAGUGGGAGAAAUUAUAAAUUCAGAUGGACAAACACACAGAGAGAUCGAAGAGAACAAAAGGAAUCGUGGAAGAGAUGGUCCACUAGGGGGUUAGGUUACCAUGGAAGAAAUAGGUUUAGAAAUAAUCUUGAUAAAGCAUAAUCAUAAUUAUUUUAUAAUCAAUAAGAUAAGUGGAUAUUUUCAUUAAGAAGUAUCGUACUUAAGGUAAAAAGUUGCAAGUUUAUUCUUAAAUUGUCUCGGUUUUCUUCUACUGUAACUGCAGCAUGGAAGCCCUUUGCUCUCGGCUCGACCUCAUUCCGUCGCUUUCCGGCUUCAAGUUCAGUUCAGCAGCUUGAAAGCCGGGGAUUGAGGGCAACCUCAUGAAUAUGCAAAUGCCGACUGAAGAAGCAAAACACGAGAAGUCUUUGUUGGCCUUCUGAAGGGUUCCGUAAAAGUUUUUGUCUGUUCUUGAACAACCAACCCGGAGGUUUCCAACAAAGGAAGCCCUGGCAGAAAAAUUAUCUUUCCUUGUUUCCUUCAAGAGGAUCCCGAAGCUCUUCUGGCUUCACGUGGUUCCAAACAAUUAAUUUAAUCGUACGGUCCGAGCGUAUCACAAGGCGCCCUCGGGGGAUACGCCGCUUAUAUCAUGGUAAAUAAGUGAUGGGAUCCGGGUCCCUUGACGAAUGAAAAAAGUAGAUGACUCACAUAAAACUUAUUUAUGAACAAAAUUCUGUUUGAGGAUGGGCACUACGGAUGUUGCAGUUUCAUAUAGGCGCUGCAUCGUUUAGCCUGCUGUACACACCCGAGAUACUACUGAAUACAAGCCAAGAGCACACAAAAGAUUACAGAGUAUUGCAAUUUCCUCUCCCCUCACACUCCGUCUAUUGUGUCUCUCUUCAAAAAUAAUGUCCAUGAAUUCAAAAUGCUGGAAAUCUUUACUGAAAACAGUGCUAAAAGAUGCAAUUGGGCUGUAAUUGCAGGAGAAUACGACAUCCACCUCCUCCUCGUCGGUCCCGUUGGACGCCGGUGAGCAGCGUCUGCAAGUGUCGGAGGCCGAGAACAAUGGCGUGGAUGGAGAGGAGUUGAACACCAGAGAAUUGGCACAACGCAUAUCCAGUGAACUCAAGCGCUACUCCAUCCCGCAGGCUGUUUUUGCACAGCGUGUUUUGUGCAGGUGAGUGCAAUAGCCAAUUAGAGCCAAUGUCAGGCUUCAUAGUGUCACUAUUCUUGCCGGUACAUUUACAGAAAGCUUUGUGAUUACGCUGCUUUAAAGGGGGCAGUGAAUCCGAGGUGAUCGCUUUUUUGUAUGACACUUUCUCCUUCGCCUAAUUCCAAAACAAAUUGCCCAAAUUAAGCGAAAUGACUAUAACCUGAGAUAUGACUGGAAUAAAGCACUUCCACCUGGAGGGCCAUUUGCUUUCCGUGUAUGGACCACACAUACCACUUAUGGGCCCCUUUAUCCGUCAUAAAACGGGUCGUUUUUUAACGACCAUUCACUUUGAGUAGGCCUUAAUAUUCCCACAAAUUCAAAAUGAGUCAGGUCCACAAAAACCACAAAACAAAAUCACAUUGCCUGUGCUUAACGGGUUACUGUAGAAUGUGCUUUUUGACACUGAUGUCAUCUUUUUUAAUCCUUUCACAUUAUUUUCCGCUUUCAGAUCACAAGGCACCUUAUCAGAUUUAUUGCGCAACCCGAAACCCUGGGCCAAGCUGAAGAGCGGCCGCGAGACGUUCCGACGGAUGGCCAAAUGGCUUCAGGAACCGGAACUUCAACGAAUGUCGGCCCUUCGUUUGGCAGGUGAGGACGAACAUAACGGGCAUCCGGCGGCGAAUGAAAAACGGAAAUUUGGAAAAGAAAACAUAAAACCUUAAGUUUAAGGGGAAAUGGCCGGGAAUUAUGUUGAUGGACUGGAGCGGGUGCUAGAAAUUACGUUAACCCUUGAGAUACGACUAGACACGUCAUUUUGGUAGGCGGUUUCCAUCUUGAACAAAUUAAAUUUCGAAAACUUUCAGUCCAGUCUUAGGUCAACACAAUUCUUGAUGUUCUUUGAAUUUUAUAUCCGAUUCCGCCAAGCUGGCGCCGCAUAAAUUCAAUUCCACUUUUUUCGCGCAGCCUCGUGUCUCAUGGCCCCAUUCGCUUGUUGAUUUAUGCAAAUUCGGCGCUUAUAAUACACAUGAGAUUGGGCGAAAACAAAUGUCUUCAUUUUUCUGACCACCAAGUUCUUCCAUUCGUCACUGGGGGUUAAGGGGCCACACUCCGGAAGGGGUUUCGUAUCUGGCGCCCAAUCUCUUGCGCGCAUCCAUCAAUCAUGCCCCGAGGCAUGAGCUCCAAACUUUUACGGCUAAGCCUCCGAGACAUUUUUUGGGGAAUCUUCAAAAUAUUUUCGAACCCGGGUCCCGUUGUAAACAGUCGGCCCAAUUCUUUCAAGUAUUAUCAGCGUUUAUGUGCAUGUUUUUCAGUUGUCUCAGCAUGUAAGCGUAAGGACGAACACCAUCAACAACAACAUCAUCAACAUCAGCCGCCGCAGAAGAAGCCGCGCCUCGUCUUCACCGAUGUCCAACGACGCACUUUGCAGGUGCCUGAACUUUCCUGAACUUCUUAUAGAACCUCUUUCGUAGGUUGUAAUGAUUACAUAUAGAUAACUGUAGUCAUAUGACCAUUGCUUUUGACGAUAAGUCGUAGGCUAGAUAUCCCUGUCUUGAAGCUUAUCUAUAUGGGAAAUAAGUUGAUUAUUUCAGGCCAUCUUCAAGGAAACCAAACGGCCUUCAAGGGAGAUGCAGAUAACGAUCUCACAACAUCUGGGACUUGACUUAACGACUGUGGCCAACUUCUUUAUGAAUGCUCGACGACGUGGUCAUGAUCGGUACGAUGAAGCGGAUGAUUCUGAUGACGGUUUCUUUGAUUACAAAGACGCUGGAGAUUAUAAUUACUCUCAAUGUGAAGGAGCUUCAUUCGAAGGCCCUCAUGAUCCAGCCAAUGUUUACGAAUCUUCAACAACAUCUAGCCAAUCCGAGGUCGUCAAUAAAGAACUGUAUACCAGUUUCAAUCCAGAAGAUCCCACAAAUCGGCCCGAGUAUCCGAAUUCUGAAUCCUCAACGACGCCGUCCAGUCUCUCAACCGUAUCCCAUUCCAUAUCUCCGCCAUGUGAUACCAGCACUUACUUCGCUUCUCAGAAUUACUCUUCUUGUCCCGACUAUCCAGAGAAUCGUCUUCAGAUGACCAAUUCAUAG